GGCGGGGCCGGCGCAGUCGCGGGCGGAGCGCGGUGCGGGACGGUUCUCGUCCCGGCCGCGUCGUUGUCCGGGCCUUGGAUGGGUUUUUUUUUUCUUUUUUGCGGCCCUGCUGAGGGUGGAACGCGCGGGGCGGCCUCAGGAGUGCUCUGGUGGCUGUUUUAACCCAUCCGGUGCUUUUUUCCUCUCAGAGCUGCCGUGAGGGAUGUCUCAGCGCAAGCGCAGCAAAGGGCUCGGCUGCUCUCAGCUGCCCGACGGGGAGGAUGAUUUCAUCCCGACGCAGGUGGAGCGGCGCUCGCCGGAGCAGCUGAACCAGAAGGUGAGCGAGCUGGUGCAGUUCCUGCUCGUCAAGGACCAGAAGAAGAUUCCUAUCAAGAGGGCAGAUAUCCUGAAGAAUAUAAUCCGGGAAUACAAGGAUGCCUACUCGGAAAUCAUUAAAAGGGCAGACAGGACCCUGCAGGAGGUUUUUGGGCUGCAGCUGGUGGAGAUCGAUGCCAAACGCCACAUUUACAUCCUCAUCAAUAACCUGCCCUGCGCCCAGGGCGAGCUCCUGUGCAGGGGCAAGGAGCAGGAGAAGAUGGGGCUCCUCUUAGUCAUCCUCAGCUUCAUCUUCAUGAAGGGCAACUCCGUCAAAGACAGUGCUCUGUGGGAAUUCCUGCACUUGCUCCGUGUCUACCCCGGGAAGCAGCACGGCGUCUUCGGGGACGUCCGGAAGCUGGUGACGGAGGAGUUUGUGCGGCAGAAGUACCUGGAGACCACCGCCAUCCCCCUGACGGACCCCCCCGAAUUCAAGUACCAGUGGGGCCCACGGGCAGAGAAGGAAACCUCCAAGAAGGACGUGCUGAACUUCGUGGCCAAGAUGCAGGGCAAAGACCCCAAAUUUUGGGCGAGCCAAUACAGCGAGGCCAACAAAGCCACAACCUGACCCCCUUCCCCACCCCACCCCAAAAAAAUAAAGGCAGCCCGUUGGUUUGCAGCCCCCUCCCCAAA